GAGCGCAGAAAAGUAAAAAAUUGAUGUUCACAUUUUUUUACUCUCUGAGCGGCUAUUUGUAGCACUUCCGGGCUUCAUCACGAGGAGAAGACUCUCAUAGAUUGCACCAUCGGCAGCGGUAUGGCGAUCGAUCCCUACCUCGUGGCCGCCACCGUGCUCUGCCUCCUCGUCCACCUCCUCCUCCACCGCUUCCUCCGCAAGUCGCCUUCCCGCUUCCCCUACCCGCCGGGCCCCCGGGGGCUCCCCAUCCUCGGCUCGCUUCUCCUCGUCGGGGCCAGCGCGCACUCCAGCCUCGCCCGCCUCGCCGAGCGCUACGGCCCCAUCAUGUUCCUCCGGCUGGGCUCUCAUGGCUGCGUCGUGGCCUCCAACGCCGACGCUGCACGCGCCUUCCUCAAGACCGUCGACGCCCAGUUCGCCAACCGCCCCGACCCCAUCAGCGCCCGCGACGUCAGCUACCAGCGCCAGAACCUGGCGAUGGCCGACUACACCCCGACGUGGAAGCUCCUCCGCAAGAUGUGCAGCCUGCACCUCCUCGGCGGCAAGGCCUUCGUCGACUGGGCCCCUGUCCGCCGGGACGAGUUCCGGCGCAUGGCCCGCUCCCUGCACGGCCUGGCCGAGGCCGGCGAGCCGGUGGAGCUGAUGGACGUGCUGGUGUGCACGCUGGCCAACGUCGUCGGGUUGAUCUUGGUGAGCAGGCGGGUGUUCGACGCCCACGGGGAGGAGUCCAACAAGUUCAAGGACAUAUUGGUGGACAUGCUGACCGGCGGCGCGCAGUUCAACAUCGGCGACUUCUUCCCGUCGAUCGCGUGGAUGGACCUGCAGGGGAUACAGAAGAAGAUGUUGAGCGUGCACUUGAGGUUCGACGCCAUGGUGACGAAGCUGUUCGAGGAACACGAGGCGGCCAAGGGGGAGCGGCAGGGGAGGCUGGACUUCAUCGACAAGGUCAUGGCCAACAAGGUGACGGAGGACGGGGAGACCAUCUCGGAAGUCAACGUUAAAGCACUCAUCUUCGACCUGUUCACGGCCGGCACCGAUACCUCCGCCAUCAUCGUCGAGUGGGCCAUGGCGGAAAUGCUCAAGAACCCGGCGAUCCUCAGCCGCGCGCAGGCGGAGUUGGACGAUGUGGUCGGCCGCGACCGCCUGCUGGAGGAAACCGACCUGCCGAAGCUCGCAUACCUGCAGGCGGUAUGCAAGGAGGCGAUGCGGCUGCACCCGUCCACCCCUCUCAGCCUCCCCCACUUCUCCCACGAGGACUGCGAGGUGAACGGCUACUACAUCCCCAAGAACACCCGGCUCCUCGUCAACAUCUGGGCCAUCGGGCGGGACCCGGAGGUGUGGGAGGAGCCGCUGGUGUUCGACCCCGACCGCUUCAUCACCGGCAAGGGCGCGAGGUACGAUCCGCAGGGGAACGACUUCGAGUUCAUCCCCUUCGGGGCGGGGAGAAGGGUGUGCGCGGGGAAGCUGGUGGGCAUGGUGUUCGUUCAGUACCUGUUGGGCAUGCUAGUGCACGCCUUCGACUGGAGCCUUCCCGACGGCGAGGAGCUCAACAUGGACGAGAAGUUUGGCCUGGCUCUUCCCAAGGCUGUGCCUCUCAAAGUUUUUCUGCGCCCGCGCCUGUCGCCGGCGGCCUACGCCUGAUCUCCCUCUCUAUCGAUCUAUCUAUCUAUCUCUCGCUCUCUCACCUCAGAAAUUUUAAGGUAGCUGUAUAAGAACGUCGCUUCUCUACCUGUGAUACGAUUGCCGGCAAAACUAUUGUCGAUAUGUGUAGCUACAUCAAAAGACUGAGACUGGGAUGGCUUGAAGAACCAUAGAAUAUGAAUGAAUACACCUGCAUCGUUACACGACA